UCCCCUGGCCUACUGUCACCUGCAAUGGCUGGAGGAGUUUUUGCUAUAGACAGGCACUAUUUUAAUGAAAUUGGACAGUACGACAAGGACAUGGAACUUUGGGGAGGAGAAAAUUUGGAACUUUCACUAAGGAUCUGGAUGUGUGGAGGACAAAUCUUUAUAAUCCCCUGCUCUCGAGUAGGGCAUAUCGCUAAGAAACACUUUCAAGAAAGUCCUGCAACUAAGAAAGCCAUACGACACAAUUAUCUAAGACUGGUGCAUGUUUGGCUGGAUGAAUAUAAGGAGAUUUUCCUUCGAAGAUUUCAUCAGAAAUCCAUUACCUAUGGAAAUAUCAGUGAACGUGUUAACUUAAGGAAACGACUGGGUUGCAAGUCAUUUCAGUGGUAUAUGGACAAUAUCUUCCCCGAGUUAGAGGACAGCUUAUGA